AAGACGCUUCUGCCGAUGCCCUUGUACGAAAUGGGCAUUUGCCUGCGACACGGCUGGGGCGUGCCGCCGUCAUAUCCGGCAUCGACAUAUUUUUUCGGACUCGCCGCUCGGCUGGGCGACGUUGAUGCCCAAGUGGAGUACGCCUACUGCUUGAAGAAGGGCAUUGGCAUCGAGAAGAGCAAGAUGGAGGCGGCCAAGUGGUUCCGGAAGGCACAUGAUCAAGGCGCCUCCAUCUUUGGCGAGAGCUGGAUCCACAAGCAGAAAUGG